AUGCUGGGGAGCGAGGGCGUGCAGAGCUACUUGAAACAGAGGAGGAAGGCUCUCGGUCUCGAGCCCACUGCGACGUUGCUGAGCGACUCCAAGGACGCGGAAGGCAGCGAGCUGGAGGGGAACGAGCAGCCGUUGAACACGGAGAUGGAGGAUGAAGUGAAGGUCAAGGUAGAGGAAGAGAGCAAGGACGGCAAUGAAGGCAAGGACAAGGAAGUGAACGAGGACGAAGGGAUAGAACUCCUCAAAGCUCCUGCAGGUCUUGGCGAGGCGCAGGUCACGGAUCAGACGAGGAAGCUGUAUGAGGCUUGCUUGGAGGGAGACUUCGACAAGGUCAGGCAGGCGAUCCAAGGAGGAGCAAACUUGACGCUCUGCGACUACUCCAAGAAGAAGCAGAGCGCGGCUCAUCUCCUGGCCCUCUCAGGCAACAUCAAGGCUCUGAGGUUGCUCGUCCGCAACGGCGCGGGAGUGCGGGCAAGGGAUGUGGAAGGAUACACUCCGCUCCACUACGCGGCGAAGAGAGGAGACGGGGACAUGUGCGAUGUGCUGAUCGCGCUCGGGGCGCGAGUGACGGACGCGAACAAGUUGGGGCAGAAUGCGAUUGACACUAGCGAGUUCAAUGGCCACGUGGCCUUGAGGCAAGCAGCUCCUCCCCUCCCAAAGCCUCCUCAGCCCUCCCUGUUCCUCUCCUCCUCCGUCCUCUCCUCCUCCGUCCUCUCUCCUCUCUCCUCGUUCCUGCCUCUUCCCUAA